AUAAAUUUUUUAUCUCCUGAAGCUUCUCCGCCUACAAAACUUUGUCUUCUAACCGGAAAUUCAUUUAGAAAUCAUCUUUUGUGACUAGCACCACUCAAAAUAAUGGUUUCCGACGUGUAUUUAAAAAAUUAUGUAUUAUUUUUGUUUAUGGGUAUAACAAUUUUAUUUAUUUUUAUGAAACUAGAAAACAAAAACAGUAACAAAUUUUCAUUUGAUUUAAAAAUUAGCAAAAUUCAAAAUUCAAGAAAAAAUUUAAUUCAAUAUGAGCCAAAAUUGUUAAAAUUUAAAAGUAUCGAUUCGAGAAAUUUGGAGAAUAUCAAUUUUCAGAAAAUUUGUGAAAAAUACAAUUUAACCAGUUUUUUAGAGAGAAAACAUUUUUUAUACAGUGCAAAAAAUAAGGCACUUUAUUGUUGGAUACGAAAAAUAGCUUCAACAAGUUUCACAAAAAUUUUCUCUGAUAUGGAAAAAAAUCACGUUACUGACCAACUUAACAGGGAAAUGGAAUUUUUAUCUCCUAUAAGUACAGAAUUAUUGAAAUCUGUAAAUCUAGAUGAUAAUACAUUUAAAUUUUUGAUUGUACGACAUCCUUUUGAAAGAUUGGUUUCUUCAUAUAGAGAUCGUAUAGAAGAUAAUACAAAAUUUACGGCCCAAGCAUGGAUUUAUGUGUCAAAAAUAUUUUAUUUAACAAGACCAAAAUUAUUUCAUUCAAACUCAACAACAGGCAGUACUUUGGAAAAAAUAUUCUACAUCGAUAGAAGAUUAAAACUUGUGCCAACAUUUCAAGAAUUCAUUAAUUAUUUAAUUCACGAAUCAUCAGCUAAUUACGAUCAUCAUUGGAAUCAAUAUUACAAACAUUGUUCAUUAUGUGAAAUAAAUUACAAUUUCAUAUUGAAAUUAGACAAUUAUUCAUCUAAAGAAAUUGAAUAUAUAUUUUCAAAAUUAAAUUUAAAAAAUGAUGAAAAUUUAAUAAAUCUACACGCGACACACGGUGGAUUAACUGAUUUUCAACGAACAUGUAAAUAUUUGAAAAAAUUAUCAUGUGAAACAAUAUUUAAAUUAUAUGAGAAAUAUAAAAUUGACUUUGAAAUGUUUAAUUACAAAAUAGACAAAUAUAUACAAUGUUGCAAUAAAAGAAAGCAGGAUAUUGCAAAAUAAUUGCACACCAAAAAGGUUAUUUUGUAAAAAGUGAAACGAUUUAUUUAUUUUUUUCAUUUUAUAAUUAUAAUCAUUAGAAAAUUUAUGUUUGUAAAUAUAUAUAUAUAUAAGAAAACGCGCAAUGUGAUAAUUUUAUUACUUAAUCUGUAUUAAUCAUUCAAAUAAAGUUUUACAAUUCAUUAACAUUUAUUUAUCGUUUUGUAUUAUAAAAUAGAACAGAGACAGACAUAAUAUACGUAAAGAAAAUUUUACACUCGUGAUUUUUUUUUUUAUCGAACAUAAUAUAAAUUACUUAAAAAAUCUUCAUUUGAAUGACUUACAUGAAAGAGAGAGA